AAACCGAACGGGAAACAGAGAAUGGAAAGGGCGACUUGCACGGCCGGCUCGCGAACGGGAAAACCGUGCCGGCUUCACUGGCAACUGCAGCUUCAGGACUAGCGACGAUUUCGCUGCAGCACGUGCAGACCUGUCCCACCUAACAUCAACAAGAAAAACGUGUCCACUACGCCCAAGAACCAUGUCCUCGCAAAAAACCCUGGACACCGCCGACUGCGUUGUAUUCGGCGUGCUGACUGCUGUGGGUUACAUCGUAGGCAUCUACUUCUCGUUUUCCCGGCGGCGGCAGAAGUUGGCAUCCAGUGACAGCAAUGUGGCCGGAGUGGAACUUGAAGCCUUUCUGGGUGGCCACAGUCUCCCUGCCGUUGCCCUGGCCGUGUCUGUUCUGGCGUCCGUGGCGAAUGGCAUGAACGUGGUGGGAUUCGUGGGUCACUACUAUGCACACGGGUUCCACGCGCUGUGGAUCUUGGUGGGGACUCCACUGGCGACCACCUUUGCGGUGGUUGUGAUGAUUCCGUUGCUGUAUCGCCUCGGCGUGGCGUCGAUCUUUCAGUACCUUCGUAUGCGCUUCGACAACAAGGUUGGAAUCACGGCGAGCGUCGUCUAUUUCGUCCUGAGCCAAACACUUGGCGCCGUGGGAAUCUAUAGCGCCGCGAUUGGAUUGGCUACAAUGCUCUCAGUUCCACUGUUGUACUCCAACAUCGUAAUUGGCCUUGCGGGAACAAUUUACACUGCUCUGGGUGGACUUCGCGGCGUUGUCUGGGCGGACUGCGUACAAGCACUUGUGAUGUUCAUAGCGCCGUUGACAAUUAUUGCGAAGGUCAUUUACGACUCUGGUCGUGUGGAUCCACCGCUAAGAUCCAUGCGUGAUCUCAAUGUUACAGAGUACAUGUUCAGAGCAAACUUGGACUUGACGCUCGACGAAAACAUAUGGAGUUGCUUCAUCGGGGGCCUGCCGUAUAUUUUUGUGCGCGUAGGAUUUGACCAAAUGGUUGUGCAGAGAUUUAUGGCAGCGAGGACAGAACAAGAUGCGAAGAGGAUAGCCAUCGUCAGUUCGGUGUUCGUGGUCUUCUUUUUCUUCCUAGUUGGAGUUGCUGGGGGGACCAUAAUUUAUUGGUACAGAGACUGCGACCCACUUCUGUCUGGCGCUAUCAAGAGCUAUGAUCAGGUUGUGCCUUACUACUUAAAAGAAAGCCUUUCGGAGGUCACAGCAUUGCGGGGUCUAUUUCUCGCAGGACUCUUGGGUGCUACUACAAGCACGGUUUCAUCUGUUGUCAACUCUCACGCGGCCACAUUUUACAUCGACGUUAUUGCGCCGUACUACAGAUUAUCGGAGGAGAAGGCCUUGAUUGCAAUGCGGCUGCUCGCAUUUGCCAGUGGUGCGAUCAUGACGCUUUUUGCAAUCGCAGUGCCGUAUAUUGGCACGGCAACUCGGCUGUUCUUAAACUUCUAUGCCUCCGCUUCGGGACCAUUCGCAGCGCUUGUCAUUCUGGCCGUCACGUGUCCAUGGGUCAAUGCGAAGGGUGCGGCCUGGGCGAGCUUGGUCGUUUGCGCGCUCCAGAUGUGGCACGCGGUGGGCAGGAGCUUGUCCAGUGUGGCGAAGCCGCCCGUAUUUCCUGGCACGCUCGACAGGUGCCCUGUGCCAGAAAACAUGACCGCAGAAGCAUCGAUGAAUCUGUACAAAGUGGACGCGCAAAGCUCCUUCGUCUUCCCUCUGUAUCGCCUGUCCUUCUUUUGGAGCUCCUUUUUUGGUGCCCUGCUGACGAUACUGCUUGCCGUGGCAUUGAGCAUCGCAACAGGUGGCAGACAGAAGGCCAGAACCAAACUACGCUUCACCAGCCGUGUAUUUAUUGACUUCUGGAAAAGAUUCAAGUUCAUUGGUACGAAAUUUGACGUAGAAACGUCGAAGGCAUUCACUGGCGUGAAGAUCUCAGGCGACAAGUCCGAGGACGAUGAGCGCACGAAGCUAGGCACGGAGCUUUCCCCGGUGUUCAAAGAGCGUACAAGCAGCGACGUGUCCGUUGGAAAUGUGGCAGAGUGCUCAACGUAAUGGAACGAGCAGUUGCCGAUCACUGUCACUGAGGUUCAUAACUGUGAUUCAUCAUCAUCAUCAGCCUAUAUUUAUGUCCACUGCAGGACGAAGGCCUCUUCCUGCGAUCUCCAAUGACCCCUGUCUUGCUCUAGCUGAUUCCAACUCGCACCUGCAAAUUUCCUAACCAACUUCAUCACCACACCUAGUUUUCUGCCGUCCUCGACUGCGCUUCCCUUCUCUAGGUAUCCAUUCUGUAACUCUGAUGGUUAACCAGUUAUCGAUCCUACGCAUUACAUGGCCUGCCCAGCUUCAUUUUCCCCUCCUAAUGUCAAGUAUAAUAUCGGCUAUCCCUGUUUGCUCUCUUAUUCACACCGCUCUCGUCCUGUUUCUUAAGGUUAGGCCUAACAUUUUUCGUUCCAUCGCUCUUUGUGCGGUCCUUAACUUGCUCUCAAGAUUCUUUGUUAACCUCCAAGUUUCUGCCGCAUAUGUUAGCACCGGUAUAAUGCAGUGAUUGUACACUUUUCUUCUAAACGGCAGGUGGUAAGCUCCCAGUCAGGAUUUAACGAUGCCUGCCAUAUGCACUCCAACGAAAUUUUUAUUUUUCUGUAAAUUUUCUUCUCAUAAUCAGGGUUCCCUGUGAGUAAUUGACCUAGAUAAACGUACUCCUUUACAGACACUACAGGCUGACUGGCGAUCCUCAAUUCUUGUUCCCUUGCCAGGCUAUUGAAAACUAUAUUUGUCUUCUGCAUAUUCAUCUUAAACCCAACUCUUCUAUACACUUUAUCGUUUAAGGUUCUGAAUAAUUUGUUGUAAUUCGUCUCCAUUGUUGCUGAAUAGGACAAUGUCAUCUGCAAACUGAAGGUUGCUGAGGUAUUCGCCUUUGAUGUUCACUCCUAAAUCUCCCAGUCUAAGAGCUUGAAUACUUCUUCUAAAGCAUGCAGUGUAUAGCAUCGGAGAGAUUGUGUCUCCUUGCCUGACUCCUUUCUUGAUAGGUAACUUUCUACUUUUCAUGUGGAGAACUGUUAUUGCGUGAGAUCAAAUCUUUUAUAUAUUUGCAACGGUGCUGUCUAGUGAGAAAACCACGCUGACACGAAGAACAACUGCCGCCAUAGGAAACUGUGCAGGUGCGUGUGGACUGAGAAGACGCACAGGUCGAACCGAGGUCACCUAAAGAGCCUAACGGCUGCUACAUCAGGAUGUGGCGGUACUUAUUUGGACUCACAUUACAUAAUCGCAAUUAGGGGAUGAGGGGGGCAUGGAAAAGCUGAGACAGGGGUUUUUCGCACUCAUGGCCAUCUGACACUAUAUGCCGCAUUUACUUGUGUGGCGGCACUGCCGUGCAACUCCAUUGUGCCUUGGACUUCCUGCUGUAAGUGCAUUCCUCCUGGUAUGGAAGUCGGCAGCGGAAGCCAAGAUGACGUAGCGAUUCCAUUCCAAUCUCCUGACGGUGUGGCCUCACUUGUCGGAGCGGCGCUCCGCUUGUGUUAUCAUUGUUAUCGGCUGGCCGCGAGCAGUGGAAGAUACAGAGAAUUGAAUCCCUCGAAAUAGAUUGUUACAGUUUAGCGGCCCUAAAGUGUGGAGGCGCACCUAUAAGGGAACAUAUGGCAGAUAAACUAUUUACGCUUUCACAAAACAAAGCCAUCACGAUAAGUUCUUGGCAUCGUUUGUUAUAAUAAAGGAGUGAAUGA